GGGAGGCUCAUAUAAAGGGACUUGAGCUCUAGCCUCGUAGCUUUCAGACCUCUGAGAUGGGGAGCCUGUGGUUGUGGGUUGGGCUGCUUCUUGUGCUGACACACCACAACGGUGCUGCCCACAAACUGGUGUGUUAUUUCACCAGCUGGGCACGGAGUCGACCCGGCCCUGCCUCGAUCUUACCCCGUGACCUGGACCCCUUUCUCUGUACCCACCUGAUACUUGCCUUUGCCUCAAUGAACAACAAUCAGAUUGUUGCUAAGGAUCUCCAGGAUGAGAAAAUUCUCUACCCAGAGUUCAACAAGAUCAAGGAGAGGAACGGGGAGCUGAAAACGCUGCUGUCCAUCGGGGGGUGGAACUUCGGCACCUUGAGGUUCACCACUAUGCUGUCCACGUUUGCCAACCGGGAAAUGUUUAUCCAUUCAGUUAUAUCCCUCCUGAGGACACAUGCCUUCGAUGGUCUGGACCUCUUCUUCUUGUACCCUGGACUAAGAGGCAGCCCCACGCGUGACCGGUGGACUUUUCUCUUCUUAAUUGAAGAGCUCCUGGUUGCCUUCCAAAAGGAGGCGCUGCUCACCAUGCGGCCAAGGCUGCUGCUGUCUGCUGCUGUCUCUGGGGACCCAUACAUCGUCCAUACAGCUUAUGAUGUGCGCCGUCUAGGAAGACUUCUGGACUUCAUCAAUGUCUUGUCUUACGACUUACAUGGAAGCUGGGAAAAGUUCACAGGACAUAACAGCCCCCUGUUCUCUCUGCCUGGAGACCCCAAAUCUUCGGCAUAUGCCAUGAAUUACUGGCGAAAGCUUGGGGCACCCCCAGAGAAGCUCCUCAUGGGGCUCCCCACCUAUGGACGUACCUUUCGCCUCCUCAAAGCCUCUAAGACUGGGUUGCAGGCCAAAGCUGUGGGACCUGCAUCUCCAGGGAAGUACACCAAGCAAGCUGGCUUCUUGGCUUAUUAUGAGAUUUGCUCCUUUGUCCGGAAAGCAAAGAAACGCUGGAUUGAUUAUCAAUAUGUCCCGUAUGCCUACAAGGGGAAAGAGUGGGUUGGCUAUGAUAAUGCCAUCAGCUUCAGUUACAAGGCAUUGUUCAUAAAGAGAGAGCAUUUGGGGGGUGCCAUGGUGUGGACAUUGGACCUGGAUGACGUCAGGGGCACUUUCUGUGGCACUGGCCCUUUCCCUCUUGUCUAUGUGUUGAAUAAUCUCCUGGUACAGGCUGAGUUCAGCUCAACUCCUUUACCAAGAUUUUGGCUCUCAUCUGCUAUGAAUUCUUCGGGAACUGGCUCUGAAAGGCUGACUGAGACCCAGGCAUUGACCACUGUUAUGGGGAUUUUGCUCCCAGGAGGAGAGACUGUGACCACUGAGACUCAUAGAAAGUCUGAAAAUAUGACUAUAAUCCCCAGAGGUGAGACUGUGACCUCUACAAGGGAAACUACGUCCUUUGGAAAGAGCACUAUAGCUCUAGAAGAGAAGACCAUGACCCCUGUGGGCCAUCAGUCUGUGACCCCUGGAGGGACAACUAUGACUCCUAUGCAUCUUCAGACUGUGACCCCUGGAGGGAUGGCUUUGACCCCUGUGGGUCAUCAGUCUGUAACUCCUGCAGAGAUGACUAUGACUCCUAUGCAUCUUCAGACUGAGACCCCUGGAGAGAAGAUCAUACCCCUUAGAAGGAAGACUGUAGCCACUGAAAAGGUGACUAUCCCCUCUGGAAAGAUGACAGUCACCUUUGGGCAGACUAAGACUUUAAGAGGAGAGAAUUUGACUUCUGAGGUGAACGCUGACCCCCUGAUGGGUUCCUUUGGUCUUCAGACAGAAGACUGAAAACAGGAUGCUCUCUUCUGGCCCUGU